UCCAAAAUCCAGUUUUGGAGCCCAAUCCCAAACACAGAAAGCAUCCAAAUCACGAUCUGAGAACCAUUUGCGAAACUAGAAACGAGCAGUGAAGCUCUGGUGGCCACCGGGCUAGCUUCCGACGAUCUCCGACGACUUCAAAGGCUUCCGGCUAGUUAUUUCAAGUUUACACUUCCACCCACCUCUAGGUCAAAGUUUUUUAGGAUCUUACGAUCCUUGAUCCAAUCUUGUAGACCGUCUCAUUGAUCCACUGAUCCCGGAUCAAACAGAUUCCAAAGCAUUCUCUGGCUGGGGUUAGGUGGUGGCAGUGAUGGGGCUUCUUAGUAUCAUCCGGAAGAUCAAGCGGAAAGAGAAAGAAAUGCGAAUACUUAUGGUGGGUCUUGAUAACUCAGGAAAGACUACGAUUGUUAUGAAAAUUAAUGGAGAGGACACAAGCGUUAUUAGUCCCACACUAGGUUUCAACAUCAAGACUAUGACUUAUGACAAGUAUACCCUUAAUAUAUGGGAUGUUGGAGGACAAAGGACAAUAAGGUCUUACUGGAGAAACUACUUUGAGCAAACUGAUGGUUUGGUAUGGGUUGUUGAUAGCUCGGAUCUUAGACGGUUGGACGAUUGCAAACUCGAGCUGGAUAAUCUUUUGAAAGAAGAGAGGCUAUCAGGAGCAUCAUUACUGAUUCUAGCAAAUAAGCAGGACAUACAUGGUGCUCUCACACCAGCUGAAAUAGCAAAAGUGCUCAACUUGGAUGCCAUGGAUAAAACCCGACACUGGAAAAUUGUUGGCUGUAGUGCUUACACUGGGGAAGGACUGCUCAACGGAUUCAAUUGGUUGGUUCAAGACAUCGCCUCUCGAAUCUAUAUGCUUGAUUAACUCAUGGUCAUAUCUGAAUAAUUUUUUUUUUUUGUUUUUUGUUUUUGUUUGUUUGUUGUUGUACAAGACAAAUUCAUGAGAUAUGUUUAUGGCAACUGAAUUAAAUUUUCCAGAAUAUUUCCGUGAA